AUGGCUAAAGAUGAAACGUUUAAAGCCAGUAACGGUUGGUUCAGCCGGUUCAAAAGUCGCUGUAACUGGCAUAGCAUUGCAGAAAGUGGAGAGGCGGCAAGUGCAGAUAAAGAGGCAGCAUCUCUCUAUCCAGAGAAACUCAAAGCUAUGAUAAAUGAAGGUGGCUAUACCAGCCAAACCAUAUUCAACGUAGAUGAAACUGGCCUAUUUUGGAAGAAGAUGCCUAAAAGAACUUUUAUUGCGCGUGAAGAGAAAACUUUUCCAGGUUUUAAGGCCGCCAAAGAUCGAUUGACAGUGAUGCUUGGCGCGAAUGCAGCUGCUAUUCACAACGCUCGCCGAAAUGUAAAACGAAUGAGAGCCGCCGUGGAUGAACCAAUGAUAAGAAGUUUUUUGAAAAAUUUGUCCGAUAGGUUGAGAGACGUCCCGCCAACGAAUAUCUGGAAUUUCGAUGAAACGAACUUGAGCGAUGAUCCAGGAAAGAAAAAAGUUAUAGUAAAGAAAGGAUCAAAAUAUCCAGAGUUAAUACGGAAUGCAUCGAAAACGUCCAUAUCGGUUAUGUUUUCAGAUCUGUCCUCUCACAUAACAGUGCAUGCAUUAAAGCUAUGCCGCCAAAACCAAAUAACAUUGAUUUGCCUACCGCCAAAUAGCACCCACUUGACGCAGCCUUUAGAUGUGGCAUUUUUCAGACCACUGAAAAUAGCAUGGAGGAGGGUACUAUCAGAGUGGAAAGAUACUGAUGAAGGCAUUCGUAAUACCAACAUACAGAAGCAGAACUUUCCACCGCUUUUGUCAAAAAUGAUGGAAAUUAUUGGGCCAAACGUGGAAGAAAACUUAAAAGCAGGUUUUCGUAAAUGUGACAUAGUCCCCUUAAAGGUAGAAGAAGUUCUAAGCCGCAUUCCAAGAUCUUCUUGUAAUCCAGAUGAUAUCCAAGGCGCAUUUCUUCAAGAUUCCAAGCCAACGAAUAGAGUUGACUUGGCUGUUAAAAGUCGUAGAAAAAAACUCAAUAUUCCCCCCGGAAGAAGUGUUUGUUUGGAAAACUUGCAAAGUGAUGAAGAUAUGUCUAAUAGUGAGGUAAUAGCCGAUAAUGAAACACUGGAAGAAGAGCCUACUACUUCAUCUGGGAUAAAACGCAACGAAACUAUAUUUGAUGAGAAUUCCUCAGACGACAUUGAUUUCGACGAACUGGUUAAAGAGCAGGAAAAAGAAAAGGCUUUCGUGGAUUACAUAGAAGGAAAAUCAGCAAACGAUAAUACCCUUCAAUUUUGA